AUGUUACUGAACAUGGUCCUCGGACCGGUUCUUGAUGUAUCGGGCUAUGCCUUUGCGCCAGCCUCGGUCAUUGCACCGUUCGCCGGCUUGAACAUCAUCAUCAGCGCGAUGAUCGCGCCUCUCACACUCGGCGAACAGCUGACGCGCUGUCGUUACAUCGGCAUCCUAAUCGUGUUCGUGAGUGCAACUCUGUCCGUGUUCUUCAAAGACACGGACACGGAGCAAUGGACACUGGAGCGAAGUCAGGAUGCCUUACUUCGAUGGCGCAGUCUCGCGUACUUCAUGAUUUUGACAUUGUGGCUAGUUGGAAAUGUGCGAGCGCUUGCACACUUUCCGGACGGCUCCGCAGUGCGGGGCUUCUCCCUUGGAGCGAUCUCUGGAUCGCUCGCAGGCAACAUGUGGUGCACCCGUUUGGGUGCAGUCUUUGCGAAAGAGUGUUUCACGGGCACCUGUGCCCAAACUUGGAGCAACUGGCUCCCGUGGGCAAUUGCUGCUGGAGCCCUCUUCUUCGCCAUUACAAGCGUGCCAUACAUGGCAAGAGGCAUGCGCCAGUAUGAGGCUCUUUUCAUGGUCACAGUCUUCCAAGGCUCGAGCAUCCUGUUAAACAGUUUGUCGGCCGUGAUCGUGUUAGAGGAGAUGGAUGGGGAGCCCUGGUGGAAACUCGCCGGGUACUUCUCAUGCAUCGCGGGCAUGAUCGUGGGGCUGUUAGUGCUGACCAGUGGCGAGGAAGACCCUCUUAAAGCUUCCGACGGCAACAACCAGUUGUCGCCUUUGUCAUCGCCCCGUAUGUCGGCAGUUGAAGAUGUCGAGGACACCGCCAGCAGCAGUGACUCCGAGUCUCCGGCAUUGUUGCAAUUCGUGCAAUCAAGGGCAAAGACCCUUGUCGGCUACAUCGUAGCGACCGGAGCGGAGCUGCCUCAUGACACUCGAUUGUUUGAAAAGAAGCGCGACCUGGCCUGCGGUGCACUAUUGCAAAACGCCGCGUAA